AUGGAUAUAAAAGAUCUUAAAGAUUUAUCUUAUUCUUGUAAACAAACUUUGGGAGUAUUUACACCAUUUUCUACUGCAAACAACAAAGAUUUGUCAGUAUCUUCAAUUCAAAAUAAACCCGGUGAAGACCUAGCAGAUGCAAUGCACGCGGUCAAAUUGGACCCAGCUGUAUUAGAUGUACAGGUUGCCAACAACCCGAUCAACAACAAUAAAGUUACAAAAAGCAACCAAGAAAGAAAAGCAUUGGCACAAUGUGCUCCUGCUCCGUUGACUUUCGAAAGAAUGAUGCUGAUGCAAAAAACAGCUCUAUUGUCCCUAACACCAUACCAGUUUGAACUGCUGAUGAAAUUUACGGAUACCUUAAGGCAACAGAGACGAAGUAUUCAAAGAUGUUUGGAGUGCGCGUUUUGCAAAAAUAAUGGAGAAGCAGUCUCGUGGUAUUCAAUGCACAUUUUGAAGGAUAACAGAGGACGCGUCCGCUGUCCGAUUUUACGAAACUAUACGUGUCCGUUGUGUGGUGCCACUGGCCAGCGAGCACACACUAUCAAGUAUUGUCCUGAAAAUUUUAAAAAAGAUCAAUACGAUGACGAUCUCUUUUGCUGGCCCAGUAAUUGAAAUAUAAAACAAUCUGUAUGUCUAAUAUAUGU